AAAUAGUUAUAAAAAAAAAAAUAACAUUCUUUUCUAAACUGAUAACAAAGGAAAAUAACUACACAUAAAAUGGAUAGUUAGCAAAUAACAAAAGAUGAUAAAGAGAUAAAAAAUAAAUAACUACACAUAAAAUGGAGCGGAGAGAGUAUUAAGUACCACUCGCCCAAAAGCUAUAAAUCAGCCCCAUUUACGAUUCACACCUUAGAUACUACUAUAAAUAGGAGUACUAAACAAACACACCAAAGACUGAAUUUGCCUUCAAAUUCUUGCUUUGGUUGACCAAGAAACUCAAUGUUAUGGGUCUUGUUUUAGCUUUCCGCCAGCAGACAAAAGAAAAAAGGAACAACUUUCAAAUCCCCAAAGAGCAUGAUGAGUAGUGGCAAGUGUGUAUACUUCCAAUAACACUGGCUCCUACUUCAUGCUUUUCUUUUCUCUUUCUCUUUAUAAUUGUCGGCCAGCUUGUGCGCACCUUCAUUAAUUUCACGAGCAAUCAUGCUUUUCUUCCCUAUAUUAAAAUCAGGUUCAUUUGUCCUUAAAUCAACAGAGCUAGAUAUUAACUGCGAUUGAUCAGAUACUGGCGAUGCUCACGGAUUCCAUAUGAAAGUUGUAAGGUAAAAAAAGGCAGUCCUAAGCACUAAAGCUUCGCGUUUCAUAAAAACAACUCAUGGUAAUGGAAAUUAUAGUCUCCGUGAUGUUGCUGUUAGUUGGGAUAGCUGCUUUGGUAUUCAUUCAUGUUUGUAUAGUUGGGAGAGCUUUCAGGGGCAGAAAUGGUAUAAAUGGUGACAUUUUCAACCCAAGAAAUCUGAAGAGACAUACAACUAGUAUGUCACAAGAGGACAUUAAGAAAUUGCCCUGUUUUGAUUACAAAUUGGAAGUUGAGAAAGGGAGUAGUACAAGCCCAGUGGAUUGUGCUGUGUGUUUAGAGAAUUUCAAGGCUGGUGAUAAGUGUAGGCUGUUGCCCAAGUGCAAUCACAGUUUUCAUGCUCAGUGUAUUGAUUCUUGGCUACAGAAAACAGCUGUUUGUCCAAUCUGUAGAGCAAGUGCUAAAUCACCAGUAUUGGAAAUAGAGGAGCAAAGCAAUAAUUCUACUGAAGAAGUUGCACUUGAAAUGACUUAAAGGUUACAAUUGUUUUCUUUUUUUGUUGGAAAGUUGGGACUUGGGAGUAGGUAGUAUUGUUUGAAUCCAUGAUUCCGUUCUGUUCUGUUCUGUUCUGUUCUGGGAGAGAGCUAAAAGGUGGUAGAUUUACAUCAUAAAUUGUGGGGAAUUUUUAAAGAGAAAAGUUUUUAUUUCCAGAUAUUUCUUGCUAGUGGUGAUUCCGUUUCCAUAGCCAUGUAUAUUACUUAUUUUCUUUUUUCCAAAUUGUAAUGAUUUGUUUCAUUGUAAUUAAUGCUACAAUACUUGUCAGCUAUUCAA